AUGGCCAACAAUGAUAGUAUCAGGGGUCCCCAACCUGCGGCCCUUAAUGAUACUCAGUGUGGCCCUCAGAGCAAUAUAAGGGAUUUAAACAUGUCAUCUAACCCAAGAAAAAGGAAAAUAGAUGAGGAGGGUCGUGUGUUUAAUGAGAGUUGGACUUUUGACUACUUUGUUAUUUCACAUGCUGACAGUGCAUUGUGUAUUAUAUGUCACGAAAGAAUAAAGACCUUAAGGACAGUUAAUAUCAAGAGACAUUAUGAAUCACAGCACAAGAAUUAUUUUUCACUUCAAGGUGAUGUGCGCUCAAACAGGAUAUCUUCUUUGAAAAAAUCAGUGUCUGCUCAGCAGAAUCUCUUUAAAAGCAAAGCUAGGGAGAUCGAAUCAUGUGUUCGUGCCAGCUACCAGGUUACCAAGUAUUUAUGUGAAAAAGGAAAGCCAAUUACUGAUGGGGAAUUUGUUAAAGAGUGCAUGAUAAAAACGGUCAAAGAAAUAUGUCCAGAAAAGUUGUCACUCUUUCAAAGUGUAAGUUUGUCUGCUUCAACAGUCACAAGGCGUAUGGAAGAUUUAAGUGGAGAAGUGUUUUCAACAUUAUCCGAGAAAGCACACAGUUUUCAACAUUUUUCUUUAGCUUUGGAUGAAAGCAAUGAUAUUUUGGAUACGCCACAACUUCUGAUUUUUAUUAGAGGUGUUGACAAAAACUUUCAGGUUGUAGAAGAUUUGUGUGCCCUUCGAAGUAUGAAAGAUACUACAACAUCAGAAAAACUCUUUUUAGAAGUACAUCAGGCGGUAAAUAACCUUGGUUUAAGUUGGGCCAAGUUAAAAAGUGUAACCACUGAUGGAGCAAGAAACAUGGUUGGAAGUAAAACAGGGUUGGUUGAGAAAAUCUGCAUGGAGUCGCUAAUGCUGAUGGCACCCCUCCUCUGA